GAGAGCUUAAUCGACAAACAGACAGCCCUCCGGCGACUGUUCUGUACGGAAAAACCCACGGCCGAAAUGCCGCCGUCGUGGAAAUCCACGCGCACUCUUCUCUUACUCCUAACCCUUUCCCUCUUCGUUCUAUACGCCGUCGUCCGCCGCCACCGGCUUCCGCCGCCAAAUCACCGGAACGCCGCCUACUACCGGAGCGCGUUCCUAUCGACGGCGAGCAACGCCACCGUUGCCGCCUACCUUCGGGCGCUGACCCGCCGCCCCCACCUCGCCGGCACGCCGCUCUCCCUCUCCGCCGCCGUCUAUGUCCAAUCGCAAUUCCGAGCCCAGGGGCUGACCACUCGUAUGUCCAAUUUCUCCGCCCUCCUGUCUUACCCUAAACACGCAUCUGUCGCGGCGCGCUUCCGAAACGGCACCGUUUUGCCCAUCCGGCUCGCGGAGCCGAGCGCUCUUCGAAACGGCGUCGUCGCGCCGUACCACGCGUACUCCCCCUCCGGCGCGGCGUACGGCGCGGCGGUGUUUCUGAACUACGGCCGGGAGGAGGACUACACCGCGCUGGCCGCGGCGGGGGCGGAGGUCACCGGCUGCGUGGGGAUCGUCCGGCGGGGGGCGGGGAUGUCCAGGCACGACGCGGCGGCGAAUGCGGCGGCGCACGGCGUCGCCGCCGUGCUAAUGUACACCGAGGAUGCGUACGAAGAAGGUUUCGAACGGGGAACGGUUAUGGAGGGUUUAGGAGAUCCGCUCACCCCCGGCUGGGCCGGCAUCGACGGCGGCGAGAAGCUCCGCUCCGACGACCCCCGGGUGACCGGGAAAUUCCCCGGCGUGCCGUCGCUGCCGCUGUCGAAGGCGGGGGCGGCGACCAUACUUUCAUCUCUGGAAGGGGCGAGUUCACCCAAUGAGUGGAGAAGAAUUGGGCGGGUUGGGCCCGGCCCGAUCUUCAUCAAUUUUACAUACGAGGGUGAGCUGAAGAUGAAACCUAUACACAGUGUUUUUGCAGUGAUAGAAGGAUCUGAAGAACCCGAUCGAUAUGUUCUUCUAGGGAACCAUAGAGAUGCCUGGACGUACGGCGCCGUCGAUCCUAAUAGUGGAACUGCCGCUCUACUUGAUCUCGGCCGUCGAUUUUCUCAUCUUCUCAGCUUAGGUUGGAUGCCCCGAAGAACGAUUGUCCUAUGCAGCUGGGACGCCGAGGAGUUUGGUAUGAUUGGUUCGACUGAAUGGGUUGAGCAAAACAUUGUAAAUCUUGGCUCUAAAGCGACGGUUUACUUUAAUGUGGAUUGUGCGGUUCAAGGGCCGGGAUUGUUUGUUAGUACAACUCCUCAACUAGACGAUGUUUUUGUCGAGGUAACAAAGCAGGUUAGAGAUCCUGAUUCCGGAAACAUAUUAUAUGAACAAUGGACAGCUGCCAAUAAUGGUGUCAAGGAUAUUGGGAGGCUCAGCCGGGUCGAUUCCGAUUUUGCUCCAUUUUUACAUCACGCGGGAGUUCCUUCUAUCGAUUUAUACUACGGAAGUGAAUUUCCAGUUUAUCACACUGCUUUCGAUUCCUACGAAUGGAUGGUUAAGUUCGGGGAUCCCUCGUUUCAGCGACAUGUAACAGUUGCGGGAAUAUGGGGCCUCGUUGCACUUCGCCUAUCUGAUGAACCGGUUCUUCCUUUUAACUAUGUCUCUUAUGCUGUCGAGUUGCAGGAGUAUAAUAGGAUCCUCGAAACCAUGCUGAAAGGUACCGUCUCAUUGAACCCGAUUUCCGCUGCUAUUCAAGAAUUCACCGCUGCAGCGCACGAAACCGAGGAAGAAGCAAAGAAACUGAGGGCAGAUCCGGGCACCGACGAAAUAACGGUACUAAAGAAACGAAUGCUGAACGAUCGACUAAUGGUGGCUGAACGGGGCUUCUUGGAUCCCGAGGGGCUCCCGACUCGGCAAUGGUUCAAGCAUCUCAUAUAUGGACCGGUUGGGAAUUCGGACAACAAGAUCGAUUUCUUCCCCGGAGUAGCGAAUGCAAUGAUCGGACAAGGGAAGGACGACGCAGUGGCGGCGAUCGAGCAUGAGAUAUGGAGGGUGGCGAGGGGUAUUGAAAGAGCAGCCUGUGGUUUGAGAGGUGACUUCUCCUGCCGUUAGAACUUCUUCUUCUUCCUCUUGCUGGGCAAUCAAUGACACACUCUGCUAAUAUACGUACACAUAUCUGUAUAUCUAUAUAUAUAAUAUGUAUAUAUGUAUGUGUAUACAUAUGUACAGGAAUCUGCAAGUAGCUGUGCCGAUGCUGAUAUUUUGCUAACAUGACAAUGAACAACAAAGAUUUUAGUA